AUGAGCUGCCCAAAUGCGUUCGUGAAGAAAGAGUGGGAGAUCAACGAGUUCGAACCCAUGCCAGUUCGGCCCUACCUAGACGUGGUCGAUCCUUGCACCCGUUGCCGCGGGUCUGUACACAAAUCAACCUCGAGCAAGCCCUGGGAACAGUGCAUGAGACAGCGCAGGCAGUGCCUUAGGAGAAACGAGGAUCACCCUCUGCCUCCAAUACGACGGGUUCCUAUUGACGAGCUCGACGAGGAGACGGACUUUGCGUGCGUUUUUCAGGCCGAUGGCAGCGACACCAUUACGUGGGACAAGGAGACCCGCUGCAGGGUUCCUUGCGACAAGUGCUGGAACCUGGCGCAAUGCCUGAGGAUGAACCACACUCUGGACCCGCACGACAUCGCCUUCCUCGACAUUGACGACGCCCCGGGGGUUACCCCAGCCAAGCGCUCGUGCAAGAAUAGCAGCCCUUCUGGCUCCGCGACGAAGACCCCGGGGUCAGGAGAGAGGGCCCCGAAACGAGCGCGUACAAGCCCGAGUAGGAGCCCGGUCGUGGAGCCAAGAGCCGCCGGAGGGUCUCGCCCGCCCGCCCCACCUGUCGCUCCCACUCCCUGUCCCCUUUUACCGCCGACGCCUCCCGUGGCGACGGUCUCGGCGACGGGGCCGACGGUGCCCCCGGCAAGCAGCACGCGCUCGUACUCUGCAGCGGGAUGCUACGAUCGCAGCGGUAACCCCGUUCUCAGGGGUAACCCCGUUUUGAGGCGUAACCCCGUUUUGAGGGGUAACCCCGUUCCGGACGUGGGCAAGGGGAAGGGGCCGGCUCGCAAGCAGUCUGCGGGCGGCGGCGGCGGCGGCGGCGGUGGCGGUGGUGCUGGGGGCGGCAGCGAUGAAGCUGCGGGUAAGGGUACCCCGCGAAUGCCUUCUCCAGAUGCGGGUGCAGGAGCGGGAGCCGAAGUAGGAGCGCGGAGGAAUCAGCCGUAUGCUUCGAACAAGGGAAAUGAGAUCUACAUGGACAAGCUUCGCGAGCGGGUGCAGCUGGCGGCCAGCAAGGUUCAAGAGACGAGCGACCACCUCGUCGACCUGGACAACGUCAAGCAGUACGCGAGGGCUCAGAUCAGGGACGCGGAACGCCUUCUGAGUUCGUCCGAGAUCAAGGAGCAACAAGCGCAGGCACAGCUCGCUCGCUUCAAGGUCGAGGAAGCCGAGGCGAAGGGCCGGCUGAAACAAGCGCUGGUUGGUAGCGCUCAGAAGCUUCAGGCCGAAGCGGCGCGAUUGGAGAAAGAGGCGCGGCUGUUGCCAUAACCGGGCGAUCACUUGCAGUGGCUGGACAAUCAAGUGCUGAGGCUAUUGAGACGUGCGGGUGGCAAUGGCAAUUCAAGAAUGUAAUGGAGGGACUCCGGCCAAUCAAUAGAUCACCCAUUCUCCUUCGACGAGAACAUUGCUGCAAACGUUUCCAUUUCUAGGACCAACUUGCUUCGGUCGUGGCCGGGCUCCUUGGUGCCGUGCUCGUAAAUAGCGGAAUAAUUAUACCUUGCGCUUUUUUCUUAGUGUUAGGAAUGGGCUAAAAUCGUCGGCUGUCGCUGAAGCAGUC